UGACGUUCAAAAAUCCUUCAAGCCGAUUGGCUACAGGCGCCAGCCCUUCUCUUGGGACCAAUCACAAACACUCUCAGGCAACGAGCUUUAUUUGAGUUUAUCCGCAAGGGAAGCGUGAUACGAGGAAGAGGUCACGUGGAGGAGUUUGCUGCAGUGUGUUGUUGGCUCAUCUGUCAGCAGAAAUCCAGCUGAAGCACUCAGGAAUACUGCCAAUGUCUUUGCUGGAGGACAUCGUUGAACUGCUGAGAUGUGUCCUGGAAUACUUUGGAGUGCCACCCGACAUGUUGGUUCCAGUAUGGGACAGUACAUACUGUGGACAAUACCGAAGCAUAGUCCGUAUGAUUGGGACAAAUCUUCCCCUCUCUCCUCAGCCACGGCUGCGGUUUCAGAUUCCUCUGCAGACAUUUAAGAGACACGGCCAUAUUGAUGUGACGGUGGACACCCCAGCCAUUCCUACGUUAGCAGAUGUGCUUUGGCUGGUGGAGGAGGAAGGGGACAGCCACACUAAAUUAAGGAAUGUCGUCCCGUUGGGGGAAGCUUUUGAGAUUCCCUCAUUGGGGUCUGAACAUCCAUUGUCCGUGUCUGUCCCGGUUCAGAGGGGAGGCAGGGUGCUGGGACAGGGCACCCAGCCAGAGGCCCUGCAGAAGAUCUCCGCUCUGGAAGAGGAACUACAGAGACUGCGAGCACAGAUUGCUAUGAUAGUCACAGCUCCAGCAGCUGUUUCUGGCACUCCAUGCUCUACUCCUCUUCCAGUUCCUGUCCUCACCUCCACUCCUGUCUGUCCUCCUCUGCCGCCUCCACCUCCACCACCACUUCCUCCUCCAGCUACGGACAGCUGCGUGGAAGUAUCCGUGUCAGAUGUGAUUCGUCAAAGACAGGCAGCAAAAAGAGAAAAGCUUGCACAGUAUGAUUCACCUGCGUCUACAGCACUUGCUGCCCUGCCCUCUAUGUUAGAGGUGCUGAAAGACCUGAAACAAGUCAAACUGCGCUUUGUGGAGAGAUCUCCAGGUGGAACUCCAGUAAGGAGACGGAGAAGUAAAGGAUUGGCAUGUUCAUCUGAUCCGGCAGCUCUUAUUGCCGAAGCACUGAAAAGAAAGUUUGCACAUAGACGGAGAGACGAUUCGUUUGGUAAAGAGAACUGCUCAGUUGAACCCUCACCUUUCAGCAGUCCAGAUACUCCCAGGAUUCUCCCUCACACCAGACGCAGCCAGGGACGUAUUCACCUUUGACCCUCAACCUUAAAGUCUUUCAGGAACAAAGAUGUGUCUGUGUCAUGGACUGACAUGACAUAUCUUUUUAAUGUUGGUUGCACAGUCUCUCUUUCUCUUUCCCUUUUCUCUCUGUAUUAAUCACAUGGGCCUCCAUCUGAGUACACUGUGCAUGUUUUUUAAGAUUUUUGUUCAGACAUAAUUUUUUUGUAUGUGCAGAUUUUUAUUUGUAAAUUAUGUACAAUGGACUUAUUCAUUGUGAAUGACUAAUUACGGUCAUUGAUACAGGAUGACAUUAAUUAUCUCAUAGGAUGCUACAAGUUAAUUUCUUUCAGCUUCCAAUGUAGUUUAUAAAUAAGGUCUUCUCUGCUCUAUGCAAUGCUUCUUUUUUAUAAAGGUUUUUUUGGGCUGGCUUAAAAUUCUGUGAACAAAAUAUAAUUCAUGGUACUUGGUUUGCUAAUAAUGUGUUCAUCCAUGUUUCUCAUGUGUUAUCAUCCUCUUCUACAAAGUGCUAAUGCAGUAUCACUUUCAAAAGAAUUAAACAAGUUAUAUGCCUUUCAAA